AUGUUGCAGGCACAGCCGGCAGAGGCAGAGCAGACGCAGGCAGCAGAAGCAAACCGUGUCGGCUCGGAGAAGGAGAUGGUCAAGGCUGGGGCACCUGUGGAGAUGGCUCAGUUUGAGGGCUCCAAAGAGAACGUCCAGCCGCGGAAGCGCGGCCGCAGGCCCGGCGCUCUGGCCGCCGCCUUUGGCGCCGACGGUUCGACAAAGUACAAGACGACCGGGUCCGAGGCUGCGGCAGAACUUGCAGCCCAGCGAGCCGAGUACGAGGACAAGCUGGCCAACUACGACGGGUACGAUGUGCUCGGGGAUAUUUGGCUCCCGUACAUUGACUGGGUCGAGCAGAACUAUGUUGUCGGCGGCGCCGACGCCGCUGUGCUUCCGCUUCUCGAGCGGGCGUCUCGGGCGCUGGUCCACGAGACCAUGUACGCCAACGAUGUGCGGUACGUCCAGAUCUGGGUCGACUACGCCGCGAUGGUAGACGAGCCAUCAGAUAUUCUCGCCUUUAUGGCCUCGAACGGAAUUGGCGAGCGGGUCGCGCUGUUCUACGAGGCGUGGGCCGGCGUCCUCGAAGACACCGGCGCGUACCGCCGUGCUGUGCGGGUCUUUGAGGACGGCAUCCGCAUGGGUGCCCAGCCAAAGCAGACGCUCAAGCUUCGCGCUUCUGCCUUGCACACACGCCUCGAGCAAAAGAUGCAGGAUGCGGGCCUGUCCUCGCUAGAGGAGUUCUUUGCUCACGCCGCGCGCUCGUCGUCGCGCUCCAAGCGCCCGACCCGGACAUCGUCAACCGAGCGGUCAAUCCUCGGCCGGCUCUCCAAGCGCAAGGCCAACCACGGCUCGCGGCUGGCUCUCCGUGGACCCGGAAAGCUCAAGUCCAAGACUCGUGACAACGUGCAGGGCGCGUCUUUCACCAUCUUUGACGACUCGCAGCUUGGCGGCGCCGCGCCGAGCUCGGCUGCUCCGUCGUUCACCAACCUGCCAACUCAGCAGGCCAAGACCAAGGAGAACACUGCACGUCCGGCAGCAUGGACGGGUUCAGCACUGGCCUCGGCCGGCCACAAGCCCGGUGACCUGCCUGGCCUUCCACUCAUCGCCAAGCCGGUUGCAACCUCUGGCUUUGCUAUCUUUGUGGAAGAGGAUCUGCCGCAGCCCAAGCCGGUUGCCACCGACGACGCCGAUGACGGCCCAGGCGUCCGCCAGGCGCUCGACGGUCCACUGGCGCUGUCCGAGGCCGAGGCCACUGAAGUGGCCAACCUCCGCGCCAAUCCGCUGAAGAAUUUUGCCAAGCCUAGUGGCUCUUCCACUGCUGCUGCUCUCGCCCCAAAGACCAAGCCUGUACUCAGACCGCUUGGCGCCUCGACGACCUCGGCGCCUGCGCCACAGCCUGCGCCGCAUGCCCCCGUUGGCAACUCGGAAGGCGGCGGUUACGCAGCCGCGCUCCUCGAGCUGGAUGGCCGUGAGUCAUGCUUUGAGGAGCACCGCGCGCUAGCAUGGCGCAUGAAGUUUGCCGCGCGUAAGCGUCAGCAGGCUGAAGCUCAAGCUCGUGCUCAAGCUCAGGCCCAGGCCCAGGCCAAGGCCAAGGCCGAGGCCCAGGCUAAGGCCAAGGCCCAGGCUAAGGCCAAGGCCCAGGCUCAGGCUCAGGCCGAGGCCCAGGCUAAGGCUCAGGCCGAGGCCGAGGCCGAGGCCAAGGCCCAGGCACAGGCUGAAGCCGAGGCCAAGCGUCAGCACCUUGACAUCAGCGCCAACCGACUCCCGCAGCCGCAGUUCCCAUCAACGCCGUCGUCCGACACCAAACGCGCAACGUUUUUUGACGCCGCGCCGGCCAUGACGCCCGACUCGACAGCGCCCGACACUCCGUCGGGUACCUUUGAGUCGAUGCGGACGGCAGGACACAUGCCGUCACCCACAGUCAACACCAAGGAGGCGAUGCAGGAUGUGAUGGCCAUGUUCAACGCUGCCUCGCCCACCGCAGACCUCUCGGCUGCCGUCCUGGCAGCCAACACCCGCAAGAACGCCAGCCUUGGUGGUGCAUCCGGCUUUGCCAUCUUUGACGAGAGCGCUCAAGCUCCGAUUCCGGCUGCGGCCCCGGCGCCAAAGCCCACCCCGGCCCCAGCCCCGGCCAGCUUCGCCAUCUUUGACGAGAGCGCCCAGGCCCCGGCUCCCGCACCAGCACCCGCUCCUGCUCCUAGUAAGGCCGGCUUCGCCAUCUUUGACGAGAACGCACCGCAGUCGCCAGCUCCCGCCCCGGCCCCUGCUCUCGCCAAGGCUGGUUUUGCCAUCUUUGACGAGAACGCAGCGGCGCCGGCUACGCCCACGCCCGCGCCCACGCCAGCACAGAAUCUGUUCGACAACGCCGUGGCGCCCAACAUUGGCACCACCCCGUCGCCGACCGUCAACACCAAGGAGGCCAUGUCGGACGUCAUGGCAAUGUUCAACGACGCUUCACCUACCGCCACCUUUGACAUGGCCUCGCUGGUGGCAAACACCCAGCGUAACGCUAUGAUCGGCCGCGCAGACAUGGCGCCGCCGAGCUUUGUCAUCUACGACGAGAACGCGGCAGGCGCAAAUGAGACCCACGCCGUGCUCGAUGAUGGCGGCUCGCCGGGCCAUUUUCGCGGCCUUCCGCCCAUUACUCCCAUCGCCAAGUCGGUGAACGAGACGCGAUUCGGCAACUCGAUGAUGGGGCUGGACCCGGUCUCGUGUGCUCGUGAGGCCCACGCCCGUGCCUCGCUGGACCCGACCCAGGUCCAUAUCUACGCUGCCGACGACGGCAUCCACGCGCCGCAGCUUGACGAUGUUGUCGACAAUGAGGGCGACCUGAUCUCCUCGGCCGUCGGUGACGGCCUGCUUGUUCUUGGCGACUCGCCCGACCUGCAUCUGGAGCGCGUCCUCGGGCGCGGCGUCUCGGGCUCGUGGAUCUUUGCUGUCGAAGACCGAGCCUCGUGGGACGAGGACGCCAGCCCUCUGGCCCUCAAAUACUCGGCGGUCGACUCGCUGGCUUGGGAGAUGUACAUCCUCGCCAAGCUGGCAUCGCGCUCGGCUCGCGUGGCGCGCGGCUCGCCGCUUGUUGCUGAUCUAGUCACCGGCCACCUCUACGCAUCAGGCGCCUCGAUCCUUGUUCAGAGCCGAGCGUCGUCACUCUCGCUCCGUGAUCUUCUCGACGUCUACGUCGAGGCUGGCGCAUCUAUGUCCGAGCCGCUGGCUGUCAUGUACGCGGUUCAGAUGCUUGACGUGCUCGGCAUGCUCGCCGAGGCCCGCGUCUCCCACACCCACAUCGCCACCGACAAGUUCCUCCUCCGCAUGCCCGCAGUCCAGCCGGUGGCCCCCUGGGAGCCGUGCUCGACCGAUGCUGCGUGGUCGACAACCGGAGUCAAACUCAUCGACUUUGGCGACGGCGUCGAUCUUGACCAUCCAGAGCUCGGCGAGCUCGGUGCCACCCGCUCGCCGCUCCACGCCGAUGUUGUUGGCAUUGCCGCGAGCAUCUACGCCCUGCUCGUGCCCGCCGCCACCUUUGAGCUCGACACCUGCUCGACAUCGAGCAAGAAGCAGCUGGCCUGCGCCAUGCCGGUCAACGCCAUGUGGACAACACUCCUCGAAACCCUUGUCAACGUUGCUCCAGAGCCCGACGCCGUCGCCACAGUCGCCGACUCACUCCGCUGUGGUCUCAUCGACGCCGUCAGCGCCAACCCCGACGUUGCCUCGUGCAUGGCUGAGAACCUUGCUGCCCAGGAUGCGCUCCUCUUCCGCCGCUGAGUCGAGGCUGGCCUCCAAUCUGUAAACUGUUGCAAA